AUUAUUGUCCUUUUCUAUAGUGCCAUCGUAACAGGCUUAUAUAUAGUGACUGCAUCACUCAAAUGGAUCAAUACACGCCCUGCACAUCCCUCAGGAGCUGAACUGCUGCCUCAAAGGCGAGACAGUUGUGUCAUCAUGAUGUAACUGCUCCAUAGGAGUCACGAUCAUGUGAGAGUGUUGACAUCAGAGUUAGAAACAAAUGAGAAUCUGCGCACAACCUCAGCAUAUGACUUCAAUACCCCUCUUUCGCAAUGUGAGAAUAAUAGAGCAAUCGCUUACUGACGCUGGAUGUGUAGGGACUGGCGUCACCUUGCUCUAUUAAGCUUGACUGUCCUCCUGAUACACAGGGACUUGGUCUGUGUUGAGGUUGGUAGCUUGUUUCCAGACAUGAGAGCACAGGCACUUGUUCUCUCCGUCUCUCUCUAUCUGUGCCACUCUUUCAUUCACCCUCAGUGAGUGCACAUCUGCACAUGUUCAUCUCCCACUUCAAGCUCCAGCUUUAUUGUCACCCCUGGAUUACUCGUCUAUUACAAAGAUGACAUGCCACAGGAAGCUAUUGGAAAACUAGAACUGCAACUGGUUUAAAAGAGUCAAAGAAGAAAUCAGCUCCUAUGAUCCACUGAGCCGACGCGACAUUAGCCUCUCAACGGUCUCACCACUUAAAUCAUGGAGGACUCGACAGAGGUGCGGACGGACGGAAACUCUUUGCUUAAAGCAGUGUAUCUGUGCCGUCUAAGGUUGACUCGUCUACUGCUGGAAGGAGGGGCUUACAUUAAUGAGAGUAAUGAGAGAGGAGAAACUCCACUGAUGGUGGCCUGUAAAAGCCACCAUGCCGAUGCUCAGAGUGUGCCAAAACCCAAGAUCAUCAGGUAUCUUCUUGAAAAUGGUGCGGACCCCAACAUUCAGGAUAAGUCUGGUAAGACCGCCCUAAUGCAUGCCUGCAUAGAGCGGGCAGGCGAUGAGGUGCUGUCGCUUCUGCUCUCCAGUGGAGCUGACCCUAGUUUGGAGGAUCACACUGGUUCCUCCGCCCUGGUCUAUGCGGUUAAUGCUGGAGACAAGGAUGCACUGAGAGUACUACUGGACGCCUGCAAGGCCAAGGGCAAAGAAGUUAUCAUCAUUACAACAGACAAACUACCGUCCGGAAGACAAAUGACCAAGCAGUAUCUGAACGUACCACCUCCUCCAAAUCUUGAGGACCGUUUGCACUGUGCUGCUGCGUCAUGUAUGUGUCCUUCUGAAAUUAAAUUCUGUACCCCUCUUAUCUCACCAUCCACCAAUAACAAAUCAGACACCCUGGGAUCCACAUCAACACUGUCCACAUCCAAGCAAGUAUCACCGACUCUAGAUUCAAGCCCUCUGCAAGCAGCUAGUGUGGCAAAGCUUUUGCAUCUACAGAGGCUUCACUCUGAACCCUGGCUGAAGAUCCCUCCAUCUCUGCUCCUGCAGCAAAGUAAGUCCUCAUCCUUAACCGAGGAGCUUCUAGAUAUCACUCCUGAAGAAGAGCUCUCUUUUGGUUACAAUGGUUGCAGACCUCCACUGAGAGCGACAGUAGCUCGGCACCAAAGCAUCGACGUCAAGGACUCUACUGGUCUGUUUAGAGCCUUUGAGACAACAUCUGAAGCUGAGAGAGAACUAACAAAAGAACAGAAAUGGCUCAGUAGAAAGAUGUCUUAUGAUGGUGAGUUGCUACCACACUCUUCCUCACAUCAGAACCUCAAACAGACAUCCAUCUCAGAUGCUGCCCCUGUGGACCGGAACCCAGACUGUCUUCCCAACCUGGCCGUUUCAAGCCUACGCAACGUGUUUCGCCGGCGCAAUAUUGGAAUGGACCACUACAGUUCUGACUCUCAGUUGCCUCAAUUUGGAAGCCAACCCUCUGAGGACCUCGGGAAGACUGGAGGAGGAGGAACCGGGGGGACAGAGAAACGCAAGCUUGUUACCAGCCGCUCCUCCACUCUCUCUGGAUCCAGAGAGUCUCUGGAGAGUCUCGUUCAGAGGAGGAGCCCAGCCAUGCUGGAGCGGAGGGGAUCCGGAGCCCUGCUCCUAGAUCAUAUCUCACAGACCCGGCCUGGUUAUCUGCCACCUCUCAAUCCACAUGCACCCAUUCCAGAUAUUAAAGUCAAUACCAGUAUUGGCCUGAACAGUGUAAGCAAGCCUCUGGCAGGAACUACACCCAUUGUUUCUGGAUCUAGGCAUUUUGUGCCCUGUGCCCCAAGCCAUCCUAAAGAUCACAAGAAUAAGAAGAGUCUGAUAAGACGACACUCCAUGCAAACCGAACAGAUCAAGCAGCUGGUCAAUUUUGAGGAGAUCUUUGGUCAGUAAAAACCCCAAAGGAAUACUAAGGCCCCGUCAACACGGAGAUGCAUUUAGCCAUAUACGCAUCUUUUUUUAUCAUAAAGACAUUUCGUCUAGAUGAAUGCGCCAUUUUCAGAGAGUGAAACCGAUAUUUUUUUGAAACCGGGUCCCAUAGUGGAUAAAUCUGAAAACGCCACCCUUGCAUUUUCGUGUAUACAGCCAAUCUGUAUACUUUCUGAAACGAUAAUAUCAGCACACAUCUCACCGCUAGUCAGACACCGUUACGUCAACAAAAACAUGAACAAACACUGAACGAUUGUCUUUUAAUUAAUUAACAUUAACCCACAUUUAUAAAUGUAUUGUUCCAUGUUCGUUUGUAUACCGCACACAAUAUUUAUGCGCAUAGUCCAAGUCCUCUUUGUUUUUAUUGUAUCUUUGUGGCAGAAUUACAGUGCUACAUGCUGGUCUGACAAGUAUACUACAUUGUUUUGUGUCGGUUUUGUGUGGACGCAGAUAUUUCUUGAGAUGAUUUGAAAAAUGGAUAGGGAAAGCGUCGUGUAGGAAUACAUGUACAAGAGAAUACAUGUUAGAAAUACGAUUUAUACAUCUCAUCCACCUAUCUUUAUGCACUUUCCAGACUGAACAAAGGGAACAUGUUUGUUUUGAUCAAUUGUAAACUUUACUGCACUUUACUUCUGUUCUUUGUGAUCUCACUCAUUAGUGUACCGAAUUAGAAAAUUGACAUUUUAUUGCUAUUUAAGGCACUGCUUCCUCUUUAAACCUGAUUCAUGUCUGCAGUGUCUUAGAAUUAGCAAAACAAGAAAAUAUUGUCACAUAUAUUUAUCCAUUGACUGUAAAUAAAUUCAGUAUAAAACAUUGCUUUCACUUUCUUGCAUAUAUAUGUGUUGUACAGUAUGCACUUUAUUCUGCAUGCAGUUACACAUGUUGAGAACAUAUUUUCUGCAAAAAUAAAAGUUCUAAUUUAAGAAAUAGCACUUUCACUUUUUUGUGUGCAUAUAUCUGUUCUUCUAAUCUUUCUAUUUAUCAAGUACGCCUGUUUUCGGACGGAUGGUGUGAUACUGAAAUCUGAGUAUUGAUAGCUGAAGGUUCAGCUUUGCCAUUACCGGGAU